CUACAGACAGUAAAAGCUAUAACAUUUGGUUCACAGUUUAGGAUAAUGAAUUCCUAGGUGGCACAAAUGAUUGUUUAUCCUCGGUUGCCUGGGGCGACGGGAGAACUGUGCGCUGCAGGAGCGGGGAAGACCCCGGGAAAACUAACGUCAUCUGACGGAACUCCCCUUAUCAUCCCAGAACCAACAUCCAGGAGACUGCUACUUUCUAGACCUGGUCCCAGUAUAGCCUAUAGCCAGUGGACUGGCUACCGAUUUACAGCAACAAUUCAGAGAGAGCUACUGGAGAUGGUGCUAUUUGUGAACGGUGACAGUGGCUCAGAAACAAUUACAAAUGAAGACUGCAGCAAACGGAGACGGAUGAAGGGCUUAUCUCGUCUAACAGAAGCGCGCACACUGGCUCAACAACGGCAGGAAGCCAGGCACAGAAAACAGAAACUUAUAUCCAAACUGGGUGACUCGGGUUUCGAGGAAGACUUGGGAUCGCCCUCGACUUCAUCCCCGGCUCGGACAGAUUUAUCCCCGCUCCGUCCAGACAGAAAGCUGUCCAACUGGUACCUCCAAUAUGGAGACAUCGGUUACAAGAUUCAGAGAGAGAAAGAGGCGCAGUAUCAUCCCUGCAAAAGCUUGGCACGCCAGCCACAAUUGACUGCAGAGGCACGGUGUACACUUGUCAGCUGGCUCAUCCCUGUACACAAACAUUUCCGUCUGUCCUUUGAGUGCUGCUGCCUGGCGGUGAACAUCAUGGACAGGUUCCUGGCAUCCACAGCGGUGGCUGCUGACUGCUUCCAGCUACUGGGCAUCACUGCCCUUCUCCUAGCUAGUAAACAGGUGGAGGUUUGCUCUCCGAGGAUCAGCCAUCUCUUGUCGCUGUGCUGUGAUGCUUUCACCAAGGAGCAGCUCUGCAAUUUGGAGUGUCUCAUCCUUCUCCGUCUGAACUUCCGCCUCGCUGCACCCACCUUGGCCUUUUUCCUGGACUAUUACACCAACUGUAUUGAGGCUGCCCAGCUUAUAACUGAAAACAUAGCUGAUUACAGGUUUGCAAGAAUGAAUCCAGACACAAAGAUACCCAGGCAGUGCAUCAACCUUGCACAACAGGUGUGUGAGCUGAGUCUAGCGGACUAUGCUUUCAACAAAUACCCACCAUCUCUGACUGCUAGCUGUGCACUAAGACUAGCCAGUGAGCUACUGAGAACCAAACAUGGGCUUGUUGGGCAUGAAACCAUACACUCUUGGGAAGACCAGUGGGACAGUUCUGUGGAUGAACUAUGCACCCAACCAGCUUCUGCUGAUUCAUCUGAGAGCCCUGCAGUUACUAAGGGCUGCUGUCUAUUAGUGAAGCAUCACUUCCUGCCUGUAGGUCAGGAGAAUUGCAACCACAGUCUGGCACAGGAAUGCGAAGACAACCUGAAGCUGUUGGUGUCAUUAAACCAGGAGACACUGGAUGCAAUGUCCAUGUAACUGCAAUCUGCCACCAUUUAGAUGUUGACAGAAUCCCUAGUUCCCCUCCACUUUGGAGCAUAUAUUCUUGAUACAAGUGAGAAUAAAAUGCCACCUUUAAAUCUGUUAAGAUGGAUGAUUCAGAAGUUAAGUUUAGUGUUUGUCCAGUCCCAGUAAACCUUGUAGUUCAUAGAAAAUGACUCAUACUUGAUACCAGUCACUGAAUGUUUUACA